GCGCACACGCGUCUUGCGUUGUGUUUGGAUUGACCUGGGACGGACGCCGUAAAAAAGGAGGCGUAGAACGGAAAUAGAGAGGCGGGAGGUUAAAAAAAGCGCAUCGCACGAGAUACAGAGUGAGAGUUUAGCGAUUAUAUCUGGCCUGUGUCCGUAGUCAAAGGAAACUAGGAUGAGCCUGCGCAAACAAACACCAAGUGACUUCUUAAAGCAGAUUAUCGGAAGACCAGUGGUGGUAAAGCUCAACUCUGGAGUUGAUUAUCGAGGUGUUCUGGCAUGCUUAGAUGGCUACAUGAAUAUUGCUUUGGAACAAACUGAAGAAUAUGUGAAUGGACAGCUGAAGAACAAAUAUGGGGAUGCAUUUAUCCGAGGAAAUAAUGUUUUGUAUAUAAGCACUCAGAAGAGGAGGAUGUGACCUGUUCUGCUUUCAUUUCUUUUUAUUUUUUAAUUUUAUGUUCUUUGCACGAAGAGCCCAGCAUUUUGGACUUCAAAAGAUCAUUCAUUUCUGUUUUGAGACUCAAGUGAAAACGGCAUCACUACAUACAUUUUGAGAAUUGAAAAUACUUUUAUAAAGUUAUUUUGGUUUACAAUGAUCUGUACUGAUGUAAAAUAAACAACAGUCAUUAAAUCA